AGCUGCCAGCUUCUAUACAUUAAUUAAUCAUGGUGAAGUUUGUUGCUAAGGGAAAUGGCAGAGUUGUGGUCAUGGCUAUCUGGGUUCCUCUGUUCCUCCUGGCUUGUAUGACACAACUGAGCCUGCAGUCAAGAACAAAGCUCUACGACGGUGUAAGGGAUGAUCAUCAGUGGCUGCUGCAUCAGAAUCAACAACAACGAUGCUCCAACAUCUCCGACUGCAAAUAUUUCGUGUAUUCAUCUGAUGCGCAGGGGAGCAGCAGCUGCCGCUAUGGACAAUGUAUCGGUGGUCGCUGCGGGUGCAGUAAUACUGCUACUGCUAGUGGUACUGCAAUCCAUAGCCAGAGGAUGUUUGGUGCUGCAACUCUGACAGAUGACACCAACUAUGAGGGUUGUAACAAAGGCGGGCAUUGCGGAGAGGAUGCAGAUUGCGCAAAACACUGCCACAGAAGUUGUACACUCACCUGUAGCUGUGGACAGUGCUGGUGUGGCUGCAGUUGAUUCCAUGAGAAGUGAGCUUCCAAAUGCAUCUCGCCGGUGUCUGUUAAGCAGGGCCUCUUGAAUGUCUUUUUUACUUCUCCUUCUGCUGAUGAAAUAAAUUGCCCGCAUGAAAAUAAAUCUAUAACCGAACUUUCUCUUUUGUGGUGAAUUAUAUAAACCAAUUAAGCUCUUAUUUCUUUCCUUUUCUAGCUACUUAUUUUGGCUUAAAAAUAAGGAUGCCAUGUUUUGGUGAGAAUUUUCAUUUCUUCACUAGGUUGAUUAAGCU